ACAGGGGGCCAAAAUCCAAAACACAUAUUGUGGGCUGAACAGGACAAACAUUUAUUGAAUACAUACAAAACAAAAUUGUUAAAACUUUUAACUACAUAACAUAAAUAUGAAUAAAACCAGGCAUUAAUAUAAUUCCAAAAUGAAUCAACCUAAAUGACUUUCAAUAUUUUGCACUUCAUAAAAUAUAUAUUCUCAAAAUUGGGAUGUUCCAAGAUAACACUGAGCUGUUACUAAUGAUCAUAUUAAAUGAUCUGGAGGGCUGGAUAUAAUUCCUCUGCAGGACCCUGACUUUGACAUGUACUUUAGGGGCUUUCUCACAUUUAUUUUGAAAAUUAUGUGCGAAUAGUCACUUUAUUUUUUUCUUUUUCAUUUUACUUUUGUAUUUAUGUAUUUGAUUGUGGAUUUGGGGGCCAGUUACAGCAUUAGGGGGGCCAUUGUCCUCCUUUAUCUCUAUAUCCGGCCUUGUCAUGCAGUCCAGGACUAUUGCGGCCACAAUAAAACAACAUGCGUCACUUCGUUUUUAUUUUAAUUUCACAUUGAUUCAAGUAAACGCCUGUCUGAGGGAUCGUUCACAGAAAUCCCGUUCAUCACGUGUCGAUCAUCAUCAUCAUGUGUUUGUCUAACCGAGACUCCGCUCCGCACCGCCGCUUCCCUUUAAAUUAAAGGCUGCUGUGCGUAAAAGCGCGAAGACCUGGAAGUGCGCAGCGGAACUCUUGGGAUUGGCGCCCUAGUCCAACUUUUCCGCUCCUGACGCCGCCUCUUCCAGACCUCCUGUCAGACUGAAACCUGAGGAAAAAAAAACCCAAAACUUCCGCGGAGUCUCCUGGAAGUUUGAUCGCAGGACCUGACACCUGUCGUGGGAAAGUCUUUCACCUGGCGGGAGACCUUGAGGGGCCGCGAGGAAUCAUCAGGAGAUAAAAAGUGGAGUUUUAUUCUUCCGGGUUCUGCGCGCUGAAGAUCAUGAGCUUUAAGCUGAAGGAGAUCAAAUCGAGUGACCAUACUUCGAAUAAUGACGCGCAAAUGACAACAGAUUCGGGGGGUGUGGCAGGUGAAAGCACGGGGCUGCUGGCUCCACAGACCAAUAACUGUAAUGGGGAGGUGGACUCAGAACGGGGUCAGAGGAAUGGAGGAGGACCACCUGACCCUCUGAGGAAUAACAGAGUCUGCAAGGAGUUGAAUAAAAAAGUCUUCUGGAAAGUCCGAAUUUGGAUGGCCGUCGUCUUCAUCAUCAUCUUAAUCCCAGUCGUUGUGGUCAUCUCCGACAUACGUGGACAAAGAUGAAGUUUAUGACAGCUCCUUGUUUACAAUUCCUCAAUAUUUUAAUGGAAGUUUCCAGAUGUCCAGUGUCUCCCUACAAGAGGGUGCAGAUAUAGACCUUCAACAAAAGCUGGCUGACCUCUACAAAUCCUCCCCCGCCUUGGGUCGAUACUUCUCCGAAGCCAAGAUAUACCCUUCUCGAAACGCCUCCAACGUGGUUAACUACCAGCUGAGGUUCGUUUUACCAGAGGAUCAACGGGAGGAGUUGAGAAACUUCACUCUGAGCAACGAGAUGGUGCAGAGCGUGUUCAGACAGUUCCUUUAUGACCAGGAUCAGGACUCGGCUUCCACAUACAUCAUUCCGGUUUCCCUCAUCAUGUCUUCGCGUCACUGAAGCCGGCUGGAAAAACCGGCCCGACUUGGUUUGUCAUAGGGAGUACUAGUAGCAGAGUGGUUUCUGCGUAUGUGAACGAUGAAGUUUCUGCAGACUUUUUUCAUGAUGUGAAACUGCUUCCACCACAGAAAGCCAGGUGACCAAGCGCCUCACAGCUGAAGCCAGCCAAUCUCAGCUGAUCAGAUCAGUUGAAAUCUUCCUGAUUCACCCUUUGAGAUGUCACCGGUGAUGGUUAAAUAACACACAUUCUUUAACAUACCAAAACUUUUCAACCAUUAGCAAAGAAAAGUGCAGUUUCUCUCUGCUAAGAAUCCACUGGAUUGAUCUUCUUGAAAAGUUAUGGUUAGGCAAAUAACACCGGAACUUUAAAAGGGUUAAGUAUGACAAGGAAGUCAUUUCCAGGUUUUGUAUGAACUUUCACUCCAAGGACACUGUAAAUCAGUGCUCCCAACCCCCGCGCUGCAAACCGCAGAGAAAAAAAACACAACCUACAUUUUUUUUUCUCUUUAAUUUAAACUUUUCCUUUGAAGAAAGUUUUAUUUUGAAAAACUACUUGAAUCUCUAACUCAUGUUGUGUCAAAAAUCUAUCCGCUACCUCCUUAAAGCGGCUGUGCCAACCACUUAAUUGAAACCCCCAACCUAGCAAAGUUAGCAAAAAAAAAAACAUGUAUUUGGAAAGUUUGAUUUCUCAGAAAAUAGCCAAUUAGUAAACAGAAAAAGAGUCUUCAACUUCAAAAUUAAAGAACAGAAAAAAACCAGGAGUCUUAACUCCAAAGGUGGAUUUAUAGCGACAGUUGUUCCCAGAGACCAUAAUAAUAAUAAUCAGCAACCAGUUGUCUAAUGUUCGAGGAGGAUGCUAAUAAAGUUGUUCAAACUGUGAAUUCACGUUUGAUGACUUUAUUUAGAAAAUACAUUUUUUUAGUCACUUUUUUUUAAAUUAUAUUUAUCCGUUGCAGCUUAAUGCUGAGUUCACACCGCACACGGAAGCGUCGCGACCGGAGUAUGCGCGAAAUCUGCUUCAUCUCCAGUUCACACAAGACACGUAUUUUUUGACAAGUGGUUCUGCUCAGCUGUGGUUAUGUAGACCUUCUACAAUUAAUUUGACAUCGUCCAUCUUGACUUAUGCCUCUCUCUUGUUGAUUGUGAUGUUAGAUAUCCAAACCCACAUCCCCCGCCCCGAAGUUGACCCACUACAUUAAUCUAUGUGUGCAUGUGUCUCAAUGUCUGUGCUUGUGUGUUUACAGUGUUCCCUCGCUUAUUUGCGUUUCUUUAUUCGCGGUUUCAUAUAGUCGCAGAUUUUGUAACAUGACUAUUCCAGUUCGUCACGAAAACUCUGACAACUCAAGAUACUUGUAUGAAACUUUUGCUUCUAAAGGUGCAGCGGGAGUUUCCCAGGAGGGAAGUGCAGUUGAAGAGCACGCCAGCCAGUCAAAUUCACAGUGAGCCUGCAUGGAGAAAUGGCAUCAGCUGACUCAUAAGCAGCUCGGAAAUAUCCUGAUAAUUGUAAAGGAUGAUUAUCAUCCAUAGCAGGUGUUUAUUCUGGAUAGAGAUGUCCUGUCACACUUAUUUGAUGAAGGAGGAAGCAUGCGCUUGUUUAAGGCACAGAGACAGAGACGGUCCUCGUGAAAAGUUUGCAGUCUAUUGUUCUGGAUUUAAAAAAUCUCUUUAUGUCGAGGAAUACUCCAAUGUUUUUGGAUAAAUGUUUACAUGAUCAGCAUGAUCAGAAGUAUUUUUGAUGAGUAGUGAUUGGUAACGGACAUUCUUCGGGCGCGGGGGAUGGGAGUUGAGAAGUAUCCGCGGAGGUCUCCAGUCUCUAGGGGGGAGGCCUGCAUUUUCAUUUCUACAGUCUGCUUAGAAAAAUGUGAUCACAUUUGUCAAUAGCGGUAUUCUAUUGUGAAAAAUUGGUUAUAUCUUGAAAAUUGAAUGGAUUUUUUUGUGUGUCUUGGUGUAACUUCCUGUCAGGAUUGAUGUGGAUCGCUCGCGGCUUGCGCAAAAAAAUAGACCACCGAAACAUUCGCUAUGUGAGGACCGCGGCGCUUAGCGUCUCAUGUGAGCUACACCAUAGGUGAACAAGGGCGUUUUUUGGAAGCGGUCUCCCUUACACGCCGCUUCCACGUGCAUUGUGUACCUGGCGUAAAAGUCGGACAUUCCCAAAUUUGGUGUCUGAUUUUUAAAAAUUUUUUAAGCUCUUACUUUUACAGUUGUUUAAGGGAAAAUCUGUCACAUUUUAGUGAAAAACUAGUGAGAGUUUGAAGCAGCUGCAGAUAUUUCACAGAUAAAAAAGAUAAAGGAAACUUAAAAAAAUAAAAAGAUAAAUCAUCCUUCAACAAACCAGUCUGAUAAAAUAUGGUCUGCCUUGAAACAACGUUGGGGAUCACUGCUCUAAAACACACUAAAAGUCGUUCAUGGUUUCAGAUUUUUUUUUUUUUGUUUGUCUCAAGAUUUUUAUUGUAAUUGUUUGACUGUGAAUAUGGGCCCAACCCAGUUAUUUUUAAAACUUUAACCAUUCUCUAUAUAAAUGUGUAACUAUUUUUUUUAAUGAUAAGCUAAGUUAAAGAGUAUCUAAACUAGUUUCUGUAUCUUUAAUGAGCAGAAAAUCUGGGAAGUCUUAAUUACCAGAUUGAUCAGUUUUUACUCUUAAAGACGUGUGUCCAUAAAAGGCGUUCAUAAACAUGCUUUGUGUAACAUUUGGUUUGUGUUUCAUGUGUUUGUUUUUUUUAAAGCUGGCUUCAGUUUUUUAACCACUUGAACAGCAGGGGGCGUACCAGUCCUGCUGCUCCUCCUCUUUUUUUCUUGGCUUUGUAGCAGCUAAUAGUUCUGGCUUUUGCCAGGUGAAACUCAGGGUUACUGCAGUUUGCAGCGUUUGAUCAUUAACUUCUUCAGCAAACAGAACGUUGUCCUCACAUCAGACCCCUCUCUGGCAGUCGUCCUAUCAACCCGCCAGGCCUCCCAGCUGCUUUACAUAAGUGUGCUUCAAUAAAUCAGAUCAAAUUCUGCAAGAUUCAAUCGAUAUGUUCCCAAACUAUCAAAUAUACAUUUUGAAGUUGUCGCUUUUGAGUGGAAUACAGAUAGAUAAAGUGGUUUCAUCAGAAGCAGUGUGCAAUAAGAGCCAGUUUUAUUUAACGCUUUUAAUGUGUAUUACUUCAUGUAAUGUGUAAAAAAAGUUUGUUUUAAAGGAAAGCCUGCUUCUUGACAGGAAAAAAAAGAAUAAUAAUGUUUUUUUAACUAGUUUUCACCAUAUUUGCCAUUUUUUUGCCUAAAUAUUAAACCUCUUAUUAAUAAAGAACUCUGAAAAUCA